CUUUAGUCGUCCCUUGAAUGCAGCACAGCCGAUGUUUGGGAAGUACACAAAUGAAAUGAGACGAUUUUGAGUUGAGGGAAGUUUUUCUGCGCUCAUCACGUCCAGACACUGCUGCCAACCACUCAAAUAAAACACGGCUGAACCAUGGCCGAUAUCGAGAUCCGGAAGUAUCAGGACGACGACGCCGAGGCGGUGAAGGAGAUCUUCACCCUGGGGAUGAGCGAGCACGUGCCGUCGUCCUUCAUGCACCUCCUGAAACAGCCGCCCACCCAAAUGGUGCUCAUGUGCCUGUUCUGCGCUCUCAUGACGAGCUCCAAGUCCUUCCUGCUCCCCAUCCUGGCCGUCACCCUCGUCAUGGCCGCGGCCCGGCAGUUGGUCGUCUACAUGUUCAACAGAUACAUCGACACGUCCCUCAAGAAGGACCUGAACAACAUCGGCGAGACCUACCUGAAUCAGAAGGACUCGUGUUUCUGGGUGGCGGAGAGUGACGGACGGGUGGUCGGCUCGGUGGCUUGCCUCCCUGCUGAGAAUGCGCCUGGGUGCCUGGAGUUGAAACGCAUGUCUGUACGCCGCAGCCACCGCGGCAUGGGCAUCGCCAAGGCUUUGUGUCGGACGGUGGCUGAUUUUACUCGAGACCGGGGUUUCGCGGCGGUCGUCCUGUACACCUCCGUGGUGCAGACGGACGCUCAGAAGCUGUACGAGCACAUGGGCUUCCAGAAGAUUAGAGAGUUCGUCAUUCCCGAGCUCGUCGCCAGGGUCACGAACUUCACUUUGUUUGAGUACAGACUCGAUUUACAGAGAGACGGGAAAAGGGACUGAGGCUGUGGGACAUUUCAGGGCGACAUUACCAUCCACUCACCCAGUUUCUAUGCUUACGUUUAUCCAGCAUGCAUUGCAGUUAAAGGCAACCAAAUACUACAGGUCAGGUGACAGUAUCCACAAGAGGAACUGUUUACUACACACACUUACAGGAAAAGGUCAGACAUUGUUACACACACGACGACGGAUUGAUUGAUUAUUAUUAGAAACCUUUCUUUUUUAAUAGUUGAUAGAAAUAUCUGUUAUGUCCGAGGUCAUUGUUUUUAAGGGUUUAUGUCGAGUUGAGAUUCUUGAAAUUCAUUUCAUUAUUUAAUUUUGUAAAGGAUUUGAUUUCUACGUGACAUUCAGAAUAAAAUCGGUAGAUCUGAACGUGC